UGUCAGAAUAAAAUGAGUUCCAUUUCAAUCUGGACAUGGCAUUCAAAUAAAACUAAGCCGAACCCAUGCAGAGUCCAUGUCCUUGUUAGAGUCCAAAACAAAUAUCAGAACGAAGGACUGGGGUGAUCAUGUGACCUCAGAAUUCAAAAACAAACAAACAUGUACAAAGCAUUGGUUAGUAACUAACCAUUUCAAAAACAAAAAGUAAAACGUGUUGUUCUGCCAUGGAAAUGUCCUGACCAAGACCAGACCACGAGGAUUAAAGGCAUGGUGGUUUACAAAUACGUGGCUUGCGGCCCUAAAAUGGCGUCUUGCCACUUUAGGGCCAUUGACUUAAACCUUUGUUUCUAAGGCAAAAAUACAAGUCUGGACUGACAGCAGACAAUUUUCUCAUUUCUGGGACGUACAGUAUACCAUGCGUAUACAUUUGGGAAUUAAAAACACAUUUGCGUGUGUGGUGGUGUUUUAUUUGUAUACAAAUUUGGUUAUGACAUAACUCAGCUCAAGUUAGACUUUUCUGAGUUGUAGUUUGACUCGGUCACAUGGUCAUGUGAUCCUUCUAUACAGUAUCUCCUGCCCACAACUCUGAGGACUCUUCUUCCCAUCUGUCCCUCCUUACUACUUCCCCAUAAUGUUUUUUUUGGGCCUGACUCAACCCCACACUCUACUCCUCAUGUCAUAUGAAUUUGGGAUCUCACGCCUUUUCAUGGAAAUCACAGGCUGGUGACGUGUUUUAUGUAUAUGUGACAAAUAUAGACACAGAUCAGGGUGAUUAUCGCAGUUUGGAGAUUAAACUAAAGGCAGGGGAGAGAUGACUUGGAUAUGGUGACCAGGGUAGUAGAAUUGUUUUAAGUCAAAAGUCAGGAAGAGCUCAGAGAAUACAUGGAUGUAGAAACAGAGGAGAUACAGGUUAAGAUGGUAAAACAGAAGAGGAGGCAAGAAACAGAGAAGCCAAAGGAGAAAGAAACAGAGAUGUAAUUAGUUUUUAAUCGGAUGGAUGGAUGGAUGGUUCCAAGGAUGGAAGAAUCCUUAAAUAUGUAGCAAAAACAUGUAAAAACAAAAUCAAAAAACCAAACGUGGCAGGCAGACUGUGGCUAAUAGGCUCUUACUUUACUCAAAAUGUCAUUACAAGUGCAACGCAGCAUGACGCGGUUCAUUAUACACCGCAGGAGUGCUUGUUUAAAUGGUUCCAACUUUGCCCCUGACCUGCAGAACAGAUAGUUGUCCUAACAGUUGGGCUGCGUAAGAAAUAAACAGAUUCCACUUUUUUCUUUUUUUCUUUUAAGAGUGAUUGAGGCGAAAAAUGAGUGAUUAAAUAAAUCGUUCUGUGACACCAUUUAUGUGUUGUAGUUCCCUGAGAAAACUAGUCAAUUUAUUGGUCCUACACCUGCGUUCGUCUUCUGACCCACAGAUACCCUCAAUAUUUAUUUAAGUUGUGGUUUGAUUGGUCAUCACAUCUGUAUCUCAUUUCCUUUUUUUAUUUCCACCUCUGUCCACAGAGAGUCAGUAAGGAUGGUAACCUGCUCUCUAAGACAUCGUCGGGGAUGCAGAGCGGCGGCGAGGAGGAGCAGGAUGAGGAGGCUCACACUCCUCUCCCUCCGCGCAUGGAGAUCAUCAAGGAUCCGUCAGCUCAGGACGAAAAGUCCUCGUCCUUGCUAACGUCUCUGCAGUCGUCCUCUGAGGUGCCCAGCGCCGCAGAGUUGGUUAGCGCCAUAGAAAAACUGGUUAAAACCAAGAUGACUCUGGAACCAGGAACGUACCCCAGUUUCCCAUCGCUCUCUCCCCCUGAACCGUCCACUCCUGUCCAACCGCGGAACCCAGAGCUGGAGCAGAGAGCCAAAGCCAUGAGAGGACGGGUGUUUGUUCUGAAUGAGCUGAUUCAGACGGAGAAGGACUAUGUCAAAGACCUGGGCCUGGUGGUGGAGGGCUUCAUGAAGAGGAUCGAGGAGAAGGGCGUUCCCGACGACAUGAAAGGAAAGGAUAAAAUCGUCUUUGGGAACAUUCACCAGAUCUACGACUGGCACAGGGAUUUCUUUGUAGGAGAACUGGAAAAGUGUGUGGACGACCACGAGCAUCUUCCUGAGCUCUUCAUCAAACACGAGAGACGACUCCACAUGUACGUGGUGUACUGUCAAAACAAACCAAAGUCCGAGUUCAUCGUUGCAGAAUAUGACACCUAUUUUGACGGAAUCCAGCAGGACAUUCAGUCCAGACUGUCUAUCAGUGACUUCCUCAUCAAACCCAUACAGAGAAUCACCAAAUACCAGCUGCUGCUCAAGGACUUCCUGAAGUUCAGCACCAAGGCAGGAAUGGACUGUGAACAAAUAGAGAAAGCAGUAGAUUUAAUGUCUCAGGUUCCCAAACUCUGCAACGACAUGAUGAACCUGGGUCGACUGCAGGGAUACGAGGGUAAACUGACCAAUCAGGGUAAACUGCUGCAGCAGGAAACCUUCUUCGUGACAGAACAGGACGCCGGCGUCCUGUCACGCUCCAAAGAGAGGCGAGUUUUCCUCUUUGAGCAGAUAGUCAUCUUCAGCGAGCUGCUCAGGAAAGGAUCGUCCACGCCCAGAUAUCAGUUCAAGAAGAGCAUCAAGGUCUGCUACCUGGGUCUGGAGGAGAGCGUGGACAACGACCCCUGUAAGUUUGUGUUGUCCUGCCGCGGCUCGUCUGAACGUUUGACCCUUCAGGCUGCCAACAUGGACAUCAAGCAGGUCUGGAUCCAGCACAUCCAGGAAGUGCUGGACGCUCAGAGCAAUUUUCUAUCAGCUCUUCAGUCUCCCAUUGAGUACCAGAAGGAGAAAGGAGGAAGCAGCGGCAGCUCGUCAUUGACCAGAAACCGCUCAUCGUCCAGGAACAGACCCGGUGUUUCCUCUCACAGCCGACCGUCCUCUGCCGUAGGCCUCGGGGACAAGGAUCUAGAAAGAGGGAGGAGUCAGAUGAAGCCGUCUACUUCAAAUGGUGGUUCUUCGUGUUUUGACCCCAGGGCCAGUGAUGGCGGCUGUAACGGCGUCUCUUCCACCAUGUUGGUCACCCAUGAUUAUUCGGCGCUGAAGGAGAACGAGAUUAACGUCAGCCAGGGGGAGACGGUCCAGAUCCUAGCCACCAACCAGCAGAACAUGCACCUGGUUUACCGUCCAGCCAACAGCCUAUCACCAGCCGCCGAGGGCUGGGUUCCAGGACACGUCCUGGGCCCUGCCAAAAAGUCCAUAAAAGACUCCGCCUCCACCUCCUCCUUCUCGGCCGCUGUGGCCGACGCCCACAACAUCAAGAAGUCUCUGUCCUGGAACACACUGCGUGCGAGGAAGCGCGCUGAGGCCAAAGAAGCCGCCUCCACGGCGGGGGUCAGGGUUCAGGAGAACGGUCUCCUCCGUAAGGCCAAAGAAUCCACAACCCCCGCCCCUCUUCCCUCCCCCGCCGCAGCGGCAAAGGGCAAAGACUUUCACACCUCAGACGAAUCAGACUGUGACGACGACCUUGAGCCGAACACAGGCAUGGAGCUUCUCAACCCGAACUUCAUCCAGGAAGUGGCUCCAGAAUUCCUGAUUCCCCUGUCAGACGUGGUGUGUGCGUUCGGAGAGACCGUCGUCCUCUGCUGCAAAGUGUGUGGACGACCCAAACCCUCGGUCACCCUGAAAGGCCCAGACCAGAAUCCAGUGACCAGCAACAGUCGCUUCACCAUAGACAUCAGGGACACUGGGGACAUCCUGUUGAAGAUCUGUAACCUGUUGCCCCAGGAUACAGGAAUCUACACCUGUGUGGCUGUAAAUGACCACGGAUCUGCCUCCUCCUCUGCCUCCAUCAAAGUUCAGGGUAUCCCAGCAGCCCCUGGGCGACCGGUGGCUCAGGAAGCCAGCAGCACGGCAGUGAUGGUCCAUUGGCCUCCUCCAGCGUCAUCUGCUCACUGUGCUGUCAGCAGUUACACUGUGGAGUACAGACAGGAAGACUCCUUGUUAUGGCAACAGGUGGCCAGCAGCAGGGAGGAGUGUGUCCAGAUUGACGCUCUGAUCCCGGGUGGUCAUUAUCAGUUCAGGGUGCGAGCUUCCAACCGCUGGGGGGUGGGACCGCCGUCUGAGGCCUCCAACAUGAUCACCCUGCCCAACAGCAACUCUGGGUUUGAUGGAACAGCCAUCCAGUGGAAGGAAAACUUUGAAUCAACUUUUUCCGAGAUCUGUGAGAUCGGCAGGGGUCGAUUUUCAGUGGUGAGGAAGUGUCUCAACAAGACCACCAAGAAGGAGGUUGCCGUGAAGUUUGUUAGUAAGAAAAUGCAGAAGAAGGAGCAGGUGGCUCACGAGGCGGACAUCCUUCAGAACGUGCACAAUCACCAGCUGGUGGCACUGUUGGAUACUUAUGAAUCCCCCAACUCUCUCAUGCUGGUCCUGGAGCUGCUGGAGGAUGGUCGAUUGCUUGAUUACCUUGUGGCCCAUGAUGAGCUGAUGGAGGAGAAGGUGGCCUUCUUUAUCAGGGAGACACUGGAGGCUCUGCAGCACCUUCACACCUCCAGGAUCGCACAUCUGGAUCUGAAGCCUGAGAACAUCAUGGUGGACCUUCGCUCUGCCACCCCAUGCAUCAAACUCAUCGACCUCGGGGAUGCUGUCCAACUGUCUGCCCAACGCCGUUACGUCCACCUCCUGCUGGGCAACCCGGAGUUUGCUGCGCCUGAGCUCAUCCGCGGAACACCAGUCUCCGUGGCGACCGACGUGUGGAGCGUGGGCGUGCUGGCCUACGUCGUGCUCAGCGGCGUUUCUCCAUUUCUGGACGAGUCGCCCGAGGAAACCUGCGUGAACAUCUGCCGCCUGGACUUCUGCUUUCCCGACGACUACUUCAAGGACGUGAGCGAAGCGGCGAAGGAUUUCGUUUCUUCGGUGCUGCAGCAGGAUCAAAGGAAAAGGCCCAGCGCCACUUCCUGUCUGCAGCACCCCUGGGUGGGCCGCGGGGGGCCCCACGGUGGGGAGUAUUCCAAGACUCCUCUGGACACAACAAGACUGGCUACGUUCAUUGACCGCAGAAGACAGCUGCACGACAUCAGGCCCAUCACUAAUAUCAAAGGGCUGGUGAGUAGCAGCAUCGGAAACACGGUGUGAAGAGAAGAGAACCAUAGAAACGUCAACGAUCCAUGACCACCAGUGCACCAGUGGAUAAAUAAUAAUGAUUUUUUUUAGAAUGUUAAUUAUUAUUGUAUAUUUUUUCCAAUAGGCCCCGAAAAUUCAAAAAACAAGUUUAACAUUCACAAGCAAAACCACUGUCUACAAAUAUGAAGGUCAUUAUUUGGCAGGAGAUACUUCCAGUACAGGCUGUUAUUGAAGGGAACAGAGAAUACAGUGAGUGUUUCACACGGGGUCACAAGCUGCUUCUGAAAUCAAGUUCUUUAAAAGUUCUUUUGCUUUUAGGAAAGGAAGAAAAUACUUUUUGAAAUCUUAAAUCAUUUUUAGCUUUUUACAAAACAGAUUCUUAAGAUUCUGCUGCCAUUUAGUGGCACCAACAUACGUAACUUACAGUUAAUUCCUUGUAAUGCAUGAAACACAAGGAUUGACACCAGUCCUUACCGUACGUUGUACCAGUGUUUGGUGGGCCGCAAUAGAAGACAAAGCGGGCUGUAUCUGGCCCACGAGCCCUAGUUUGCUCAGCUCUUUCCACAUAUCCUUUUUUUUUCUUCAACCUUAAUAUCCUUUUCAACAAUUCUCAUUGAUUCUGUCCAUCAGACCCAAUAAUUCGAAGCACUACUAACUACUUAAAGAUUAUAUAAAAUAUAGUGGUAUAAAUCUGAACCAAACGUCGGUGUGUAGUAUAAAUGGUUUAACACAGUGAUUUUAGUAUUUGUCCGUGCGACCUCUGCUGGUCAAGUGGGGUACUGUGGCUUGUAUGUGCCUAAAUCUGUCGGUUUCAAAAACAACCUUUAGAUUACUAUCAAAUUAUUAUAGUUUUGAUAUUUUGGGAGAGGGUGGGGUGGUGGGAGCACAUCGUAGCCGGAGGCAACUUCCCAGUUUGUCCAGUUAGACCAGGCCUGGGUAAACCCCCCACUUGCAGGCCACUAGGUGGAGCAAAACGAUGGAGUGUUCAUAUAAACGAAAACCUGAAGUUGAAAGUCAUAAAGGCUAAAAUGCUUUAAGCCUUUUUUACGCCAUCUAUUGGAAAAAUGCGGGUAUUGCAGGGAAAAGGCAGAAGUAUAAUGAUAAUAGAAGUUAAUAACAUAAUUUGGACAAGUUUGGCGGGGAUGAUUAAAAAGCCAAACGGGCCGCAUCUGGCCCCCGGGCCUUAGUUUGCCCAUGCCUGAGUUAGGCUGUCAAAGCAUCAUCAAACUAAUUAGGCAGUUACAGAAAAGGUGUGUUGUUUAUUUCCCUCCAGGAUACCUGUAUCUGUAGUGUUUUUUUUGUUUGUUUGUUUGUUUUUUCGUUUUAUUUUGGUCACUGGUGGAAUUCUCUUCACAGAAACAUUUCUUAAGAUUGUAAAAAUCAAACAGAACCAGGCCUGGGGAGGUGUUUGACAUGUCGAGUUUAUCGGACACGUUGCCGCAGAGGAUUCUGGGACAACUUCAGCUCCUGAAACUGAAGCUGUGAAAAACAAAUAUAUUGACACUUGGUCUACAGCUGGGAGAUAUCUGAUACUGUAUAUUUUUAAUUUAUUGAAUGCUUAUUUAUUACAGCCAGUUUUGAAGGUCAUCUUUUUUUUUUUUUUUUGACGCUACCUUUGGUGAUCUCCAUCUGUUCAUCCUGAAUGAGGACCCAACACUGAACUCUGCUGGACAGCAGUGGACCAGAGGGUGGAGCGUCCUCUGUCUACAUUUGAAAAUACAGAGGACAGAAGGAAAUGCAGCAGUUCAGACCAAACAGAAUGCAUUAACACAUUUCUUUGAAUCACUGUUUACAAAACUUUGCGUUGGUAGUUUACAGAUGAGUGAAGAAUCAGGGAAAAUCUGGGAUGGGAUAGACGUCUGUGUAUUCAUCAGAGACCUUUGACCUUUGAUGUCAAGGUAGUGAGUAGGACUCAAUCCCUGAAGUGUAAAUCUGUACAUGUGUCAACUGACAGGUCACCGUCUCUAGGGUCUGGCUUUCACCAGUUUUGGUUGAGGAAUUAGCUCCGAUGCCCGCUCACACAAAGAAGUCUGUUUGCCGUCCAGUUGUACUGAUGAAUGUAACUUCCUGUAGAAUGUGUCCCUGCCAUGUAAAGUGCUGUCCUCUCCUACGCCUAAUGCUUUGAUGACUGCUGUCCAGCCUGAUUGUUUUGUACAAAACACAGUAAAGGCUCAUCCAUCUUCA